AUGUCCCAGGACAAUCAACCGGUCUCGAAUACUCCAGGGGAUGUAUUAAAAAAUCCGAUUCUGGGGUCAAAUAUUUCGGAUGUGAUAAAGGAACCUCCUAACGAUCCAGCACGAUCCACCCAUAACACUCAAUUGGAUCCAAACACAACGUCUACAAUUCCUUUACAGCAAUGGGUAUCACAGUUUCAAACUACGCUAGAUAUUUCUCCUGCAUCUUCAAGUAGAAAAGAAUAUCCAAAUAUAAUUGAUUCAGAUAUUAAGCUGCCUAAUAUCACAAACACCUUCAACCCUAAUAAUAAUAAUAUUCCUGGUUUAGGUCCAGCUGAAAGAAAGGUGACAAAACCCAAGAAGCCAGUAGCAAUAAAACCUUCUCCAUCUUUGCCCACUCUUUUGCCAAAAUCAGUGAGUCCACCCAACAGUCUUAAUCGAAUAGCCCCAAAAGAACCCAUUGGGAUAGAUCAAAUUAGACAAUUUCAAACGAGUUUCCAACUCAGCUCAAGCCAGCCUUCUUUCAAUAAAACAUCCAUCAGUGCCAUAAUCAAUUUCGAUCCUGAGUCUGAAACCAAGCCAGAAAUAUCAGUUACAAAAGAAAAGAAAAAGAGGGUACAGAAAAAGAAGUCCUCAGAUGACAAGGAGCAGCCAUCUAAGAAAAGGAAGACUGAAACCCCCAAGAAUUCAGCUGAGGCUAAAGCGAGCUCGCCACUGGUUGAGAAUACGAUAUCUAAGGCGACAACUGAAUCUCCCAAAAAGAAAAAGGUUGUUAAAACAAAACAGACAGAUACUAAGCCUAAUGAAACGAAAAAAUCUGCUAAAUCUAAGAAAAAAUCUGUAGAGGUAGCAACACCUCCAAAUGCAGAUCUGUCUAAGUCAGUUAUUCAUCCUAAUAUGACAACUGAGAGAAAUGUAAUCAAAGAAAAUAAUGUAUUAUUACCCUCACCGAAAAUAAUUGAUUUCACUGAACCACACUCUGACUCAGAUGUCAUUCUAGAUAAUGAUAUUAUACCAAGGGCCCCUAGUGAUAAAGAAAAUGAUACCAAAAAAGAGGAGAAGGAAAAGGAGAAGGAAAAGGAGAAGGAAAAGGAGAAGGAAAAGGAGAAGGAGAAAGAAAAGGAGAAAGAAAAAGAAAAAGAAAAGCCUGAACCACCAAUAAUUGCAAUAAAUAUACCGUUACUUGAUCCUGCUAAUCCUAAGCCUGGUCAAUCGGAAGUUGUGAUAAAUGUAUUGAAAUUGGCUGAAGAUAAAUAUGGAUGGUCCGUGAUACACCCUAAUGCAAAGUCUGCAAUUGAUUUAAUGGAUGAAAUUAUAGAUGAUGAAGACGAUGGAAUGGAAGAAGAUAUUGAAGAAGAUGAAUUACCUAUUAUUGAUGAGCAGGGUCCUGCCCCUGGUAACCCUCUUGCAAAAAAGAAAAAGGCUGAAGAGGAAUUGACAGAAGAACAAUUAGCGAGAAGGCAUGAAGUUAAAAUGAAUAGAAAAGUAGGAAAGUAUGAUUAUGAAGAUCCGUUUAUUGAUGACGAAGAAUUACAAUGGGAAGAAGAAAUUACUUCGACAAAAGAUGGUUUUUUUGUUUAUUGGGGUCCUUUAGUUGACGAUAGAAAUAAUACGACGUCAAAUAAAAAAGCGUCUUCAAAAAAUAAGAAGUAA